CUCUGUUGUUUGUUUUAUCAUCUCCAUAAUUGCUUCGAGUUCUCUGCAAAAAGUGCUUUUAAUCAGAUCUUUUCUGGGCUUCACUUCAACUCUCUUUGUGCUUAAGUUUCCGAUCUUUGCCGUUACUAAUUGAGUCGGAGACUGUUCAUUUCCUGAUUCUGAAGAAAAAAGUUAAAAACUUUUGGAGAAGGAGAAGAUGUCAAGUCUGCGAGUGAGCUAGGGUUUAGUGUGUUUUCUGAUUUCUUGAGCUUUUGGGGAUUGUUAUUUUAUCUGCAAGAGGCGAUUUUGAAUGGCGGUGGAGUAUGUAUGUUGCAGCCCAAACUUCUUUAUACAUAUAGCUGUGAUUGUGUUUCUUGUCUUGUUCGCUGGACUCAUGUCUGGUUUAACAUUGGGUCUUAUGUCUCUGAGUCUCGUUGAUCUUGAAGUUCUCGCUAAAUCGGGUACACCCGAACAUCGUAAAUAUGCUGCAAAGAUAUUGCCAGUGGUGAAGAAUCAGCAUCUGUUGCUUGUCACUUUACUUAUAUGCAACGCAGCUGCUAUGGAGACUCUUCCUAUUUUUCUUGAUGGCCUUGUGACGGCAUGGGGUGCCAUUUUGAUUUCAGUUACAUUGAUUCUUCUUUUUGGUGAGAUUAUACCGCAGUCAAUUUGUUCACGCUAUGGUUUGGCGAUUGGUGCAACAGUGGCUCCGUUUGUCCGUGUCCUAGUCUUUAUCUGCUUACCUGUUGCUUGGCCAAUUAGCAAGCUGCUGGACUUUCUAUUGGGUCAUCGUCGUGCUGCACUUUUUCGAAGAGCUGAGCUGAAAACACUUGUGGAUUUUCAUGGAAAUGAGGCUGGGAAAGGUGGGGAGCUGACUCAUGAUGAAACGACAAUCAUCGCAGGAGCUCUCGAACUGUCUGAGAAAAUGGUCAAAGAUGCAAUGACACCAAUAUCUGAUAUCUUUGUGAUUGAUAUCAAUGCCAAAUUAGAUAGAGACUUGAUGAACUUGAUUCUUGAGAAAGGGCAUAGCAGAGUUCCAGUAUACUAUGAGCAGCCAACUAACAUAAUCGGCCUUGUUCUGGUAAAGAACUUAUUGACUAUCAACCCAGAUGAAGAAAUACCUGUCAAGAAUGUCACAAUAAGAAGGAUUCCAAGAGUUCCAGAAAGCUUGCCUUUAUAUGACAUAUUGAACGAAUUCCAGAAAGGACUCAGCCACAUGGCUGUUGUUGUGAGACAGUGCGACAAAAUCUACCCAUUACCUUCUAAAAAUGGGAGUGUUAAGGAAGCCCGACUGGAUAUGGAUAGUGAGGGAACUCCUACUCCUCAGGAGAGAAUGUUAAGGACAAAAAGAUCGCUUCAAAAGUGGAAGAGUUUUCCGAAUCGAGCAAAUUCGUUUAAAGGAGGGUCAAAGACCAAGAAGUGGUCAAAAGACAAUGAUGCAGACAUCCUUCAAUUGAAUGGCAAUCCGCUGCCUAAACUUGCUGAGGAAGAAGAAGCAGUCGGAAUCAUUACAAUGGAGGAUGUCAUUGAAGAACUUCUGCAGGAGGAGAUCUUUGACGAAACUGAUCACCAUUUUGAAGACUCCUAACACAGUGCAUGACCACUGAACUGGUUAUGAAUGUCGAAAACUUUAGUCUUUGUUUUCAACUUUCAAACUUUGUCACUUGUCCGGCGAAUGUGUAUCAAUAUAGGCAUGAACAGCAU